CAGGGCGCGCUGUCACGCCAGCGUAACAGAAGCGUUUUCCGGGUUUCAUUGCCCCGUUUAGCUCACGCAACAGUCCUUCCGGCCUGACCGCCAUCAAAGAUAGCAGACAUGGCUAUUCGUUAUCCUAUGGCUGUUGGCCUUAACAAAGGCCACCCAGUCACCAAAAAUGUCGCUGCUCCCAAACACAGCCGCCGGCGCGGGCGUCUGACCAAACACACCAAGUUUGUGCGGGAUAUGAUCCGUGAAGUGUGUGGGUUUGCUCCGUAUGAGAGGAGAGCCAUGGAGCUGCUGAAAGUGUCCAAGGACAAGAGAGCCCUCAAGUUCAUCAAGAAGAGGAUCGGCACUCACAUUCGGGCCAAGAGAAAGAGAGAAGAGCUGAGCAACGUACUGGCUGCCAUGAGAAAGGCUGCUGCCAAGAAGGAGUAAAAGUCAUUUAAUAAAACAUGAAACUACA